CGCCCCCCCCAGAAACUUCCAACUCCCGGCCGGGCUCCGCUCGCUCGCCGCCUCCGUCGCUCUGCUCCCGGCGGGGGCCGCGGGUUCGGUCCGGCCGCCGGUGCGCUCCCGCCUGUGCUCCCGCCCGGGCUCCGGGCCCCCGCGGGCGGCCGCGCAAGAUGAAGCUGGCUCUCCUCCUGCCCUGGGCGUGCUGCUGCCUCUGCGGGUCGGCGCUGGCCACCGGCUUCCUGUACCCCUUCCCGGCCGCAGCCCUGCAGCAGCACGGCUACCCCGAGCCGGCCGCCGGCUCCCCCGGCAGCGGCUACGGGAGCCGCCGGCACUGGUGCCAUCACACGGUGACGCGGACAGUGUCCUGCCAGGUGCAGAACGGCUCGGAGACAGUGGUCCAGCGUGUGUACCAGAGCUGCCGAUGGCCUGGGCCCUGUGCCAACCUCGUGAGUUACAGGACUCUGAUCAGACCCACAUACAGAGUGUCCUACCGCACCGUGACGGCGCUGGAGUGGAGAUGCUGUCCUGGCUUCACUGGGAGCAACUGUGAGGAGGAAUGCAUGAACUGUACCCGGCUCAGUGACAUGAGCGAGCGGCUAACCACGCUGGAGGCCAAGGUUCUCCUGCUGGAAGCCGCAGAGCAGCCCGCAGGCCCGGGCAAUGACCUGCCGGUCCCCCAGAGCACCGUCCCACCCUGGAAUGAGGACUUCCUCCCAGAUGCCAUCCCCCUCGCCCACCCAGGGCCCCGAAGGAGAAGGCCCACGGGCCCAGCUGGGCCCCCAGGGCAGACGGGACCACCAGGGCCUGCAGGUCCUCCAGGCUCCAAAGGUGACCGGGGCCAGGCAGGAGAGAAGGGCCCAGCAGGGCCUCCUGGCCACUUGGGGCCGCCAGGGCCCCGCGGGCUUCCUGGAGAGACGGGGCGCCCCGGGCCCCCCGGCCCCCCCGGCCCAGCAGGCAGCCCGGGCUUCCCUCCAAACAGCCCUCAAGGGGUCCUCUACUCCCUGCAGCCACCAACGGACAAGGGUGACGGAGACUCACAGCUGGCCUCGGCCGCCGUGGACACAGUGCUGGCUGGCGUCCCGGGGCCCCGGGGCCCCCCUGGCCCUCCAGGUCCUCCUGGACCACACGGUCCCCCAGGACCCCCAGGGGUCCCUGGAUCGCAGGGCUUGGCCGGAGAGCGGGGCAUUACGGGACCGGCUGGCGAGCCUGGCGGGAAGGGGCACGAAGAGGACAAAGCUGCUGCCGAGGGUGAGGGGGUGCAGCAGCUGCGGGAGGCCCUGAAGAUCCUGGCGGAGAGAGUCCUCAUCCUGGAACACAUGAUUGGGAUCCAUGAUCCCCUGGCCUCCCCCGAGGGGGGUUCUGGCCAAGACGCUGCCCUGAGAGCCAGCCUGAAGAUGAAGCGGGGCGGCUCCCCGCCCGACAGCGCCCUCGCUGCCCUGCUCGGCCCCGACCCUGGGCAGAGGAGCGCCGGCCGGGCCAGCGGUGGCAAUUAAGAGGCCAGCUCUCCAGGACAAGCCCCAGCCCCGCCGGAGACCCGGCCCUGAGGCCCGUGUGGCCCUGCUGGUUCCUGAAGACCCACCAAGGGGGCCUGCGCUCCAGGCAUGGACGAUCGCAAGAGACACUGGCUCCUGGGGUCUGGGAGGGGGGGGUCUUGGGGACAGAUGGCAGCUCCAGAGGCAGGGUCCAGAGGGCCCCAACUCUCUUGGCAGGGCCCUUUCCUGGUCCCUGCCCUCCCCACCCUCACCUUCUGCAGGAGACAGGGUCUAGGGGUCUGGGGGGGGGGCUGGGCGGGGCACGAGAAUAACCCUAAUACUCAUCAUUUACUGAGUCGGGGCCUGUCCAAGGAGCUUUCCCUGCAUUGUCUCAUUUAACCCUUAGGAGGUAGGCUUGAUAUCCCCACUUUCCUGCCGAGGCCACGGGACCAGGGACAGUUGGGACAAGAUUUGAACCCAGGCCUCCUGGAUCCUUAACGCUCUACCCUGUCAGCUUCCUGUCUUUGCAGAGAAACUCAGGCUGGGCGCAGGGCUGUGGGGGAGGCUGGACCAGCCAGCAGGGAAGGAAGGCAGGGUCCUGGGUCUUCUUCCUCAAUCCCCAUCCCUGGGCUUGGGGUCUGCUGCAGGGUCUGGCAGCGCCAGGGACACCCUGAAUAAACCCAGGACUCGGGUUUAUUCAAAACCGGCAUCGCCCACCGCUGCCUCCCGGCCUCUGGACCCAGCCAGCCCAAUAGGGCCCUCCUGCCCAUGAGCCGAGAAGAGGAAGUAGUUACUGGGCCGGUGCGCCCGAGGAGGCCAUCGCUGGUAGCUCUGCCCUGUCUGGGAAUCUCUAGGGCUGGCCAUUUCUGUGUCACACGGCAAGUCCCAUGUCCCCUUGACCAGCUAGAGACAAGAAAGCUGCCCGAGUCCCAGGCCCCGUUGGAAAGAUGCUGCCCCCUCAGGGCUGUGGGCCCAAGGCGACUCCAAAGCAGACACCCGGGCCCGGGGACGCCAGAGCAGCUCAGACCACAGGCCUCUUGAGCCAUGGGCUCCCCUGUGACCCGGCCUGGCCCUGGUGUUCCUCUCUUGCUGGGUCAGGACCCAGUCUCAGUAGCAGGCUCGGAGGUUUUGGUGCCACCCCAGGUCGUGUCUCUCCUCAGGACUGGAGCCAUCUGUCCCCAGUGUCCUUGGGGCUCUUGGGAGGUUGUGGCCAGGCCCCGGUAAGCUCCCCCUGCCCUGUGUGAGGCAGGACUGGCCUGGGGGCCGAGGGGCGGCAGUCAGAGGCCGGUGGGAAGUCUAGAAUUCUCUGACAAUAAAGGUGCUCUCCCCACUGGG